UCCAUCUGAUAUAUGUAAUGAUGAUGUGCCACCCCAUUCUGCACUUCAUUGAUAGGUGAUUGAGUUGAGGUCGCUACGAAAGGAUCUGUAAGCCUGAAUGGUUUCGGCGCCGGCGAUCGGAGAUCUACUCAGUUGAUUCGACGAUAAUUGCCACCGGAGAACACAGAAGUAGAUGGUGACAGAGAAUACGAGAUAGCGGCUUGGAUCCUUCGCAAUAGCUACUGUCAUCCCUCGAUCUCGAAGUGAGUGUUGACGUCUGCUUUCGCAAAUGGUGCUUGGUAAUCGGGAACGAUUCUUGUGAAAAGGCGCGGCAUUCUUCAUGAGAGCGUACAGAUCCGACGUUGGGCGGCUUAGUGAACGCACAUGUGCGCGUCGUGAUCACUCCGCAGAGGAGAAUCGUUGGUGUCCCGGGCCGCAUCUAACCCAAUCCCCUCAAAAACCUGGGGUUGUUUUAACCACCCCCUCUCAAGACUCUGGGUUAUUUGAACUUGUAUAAUAAACACUGGGGAUUUGUUUUCCAGUUAAUUGGGCGAUAAGAUCGUGAGGGUGGUUGCGGCAGGGAACAAUGCUAACGACACUGUCAGCGAAUUUUGUCAAGACGUUCUGUGGACUGUGAUUAUACGGACACCUAUGCAUAUUUCGGAUGCGAAUUUGUUAUUCCGGAUAUUAAUUCAUUUUUUUCUUGAUUACCAAAUUGCGAUUGUUCAUUUCUGCGUAUGCCGAGCUUUUCUUCCGGUUCGCACUACACAUUUCCACAUCGAAAAGCGUACCAUCAAACGGGGUUCUCAUGAACUCACGGAUUGAACGUUGACUCCGAUAAGCUGAAACAAUUCGAUUCGAAAAAUAGCGGAUUGUC